AUGCUUUAUCAAGCCCUGUAUCUUCUAAUGUUGUACUCCAAAAGUCAUGUUUCAGAACAGAAUGAUCAUGAAACUGCAGCUAUGACUGACCUUCUUUCAAGACUUUUGUGUUCAAACCCUUGUACCUGGAAUGGGAAUACGUUACUGCACUUGGCUGCGUGGCAUGGAACUCCUUUUAUAGUAUGUAGCUCAUAUGAUCGUGAGCACAGAAUGUGCGGCGGAAUGUUCAAGCCUCCCUGUCUUGAGACCAUGAGGCUAAUUUUACAUGCAGGUUGUGAUGUGAAUGCCAUGAACAUUGAGGGAAAUACUCCUCUACAUUUAGCUGUUACUUUUAAGCCAGGACCAGGACAAGAAGAUGUUUUGAAAGAGACACUGGACUUGUUGUUGCUGUUCGGUGCAGACACAAAGCUUGAAAACAACAGUGGUCGAAUGGCAAUGGACUGCUGUGAGACUGACGAGGCCCAAAGGAUCCUGAGUGCCAUGGACAUUGAUGUCAGAAAUGUAAGAAAAUUUUAAUUUUAAGUUAUGAUUCUUUAAAAUCAUCACAGUGACCAAUUCAUUUACUACAUCAUGCCUGUCUGCCUAUCUACUGCUUUGAUGAUUUUUGAACCAUCUUGAUGUAGUACAAUCCAUUGUAAUGUUGUGACAGCCUAAAGGAGCUAUUUGAAGAUCAGUUUGUGUUUUUGGAAUGUCAUUUGACUGAAACUUAUCCAGGUAACUUGUUUACAUGCAUUUGUUAUGGCACGACUAGUAACACUGAUCAGGUUUCAUGCUGGAGAUUUACUGAAAACUGAUACCUGCAAGUAGAUGAUAUUUUCAGGUUUUGUCACGCGUGAUGUAAAAGUCACCCCUUGCUUUAAACGUAGGCAUGUAACACAUGGUAACAUAAAUGCAAAAGUAAUUUUUCAGGAUUGAUUGGGUAAGGGAGCUAGGGACUAUUAGACAUCUCUUUUUGACAGGUCACUCGUUUCCAUUAUGUAUAUACAUGCUUUUCAGAUCUCACAUAUACCGGUAGCAUUUUCACUUUCCCAAUGGUGUGGUACCACUUUUGAUCAUCAGACUACAAUUUUUUACUGGAGCUUCCAUAGCGACCCUAACAUGCAACCCUUCUUGCAACCAACUAAGCGACAAAGUGAAAUUAUAACAUAGCUAGUAAAUUUGUCCAAUCAAAUUCAAUUGUGCAAGCAUGCUUCAUAUUCCUAUUGUGCAUGCUCAUGACAUCAGCAAGCAAAUCUCUCAAGAAAAAAAUUUUCCAUUGGGUUGAAAAUGUUAUAAAACAAUCGGUUCAUACAUCAGCUACGCCUCGAGCAACUCUUACGCAUCUUUUGUGCACUCAAAACUUCCUGCAUGCUUCAUAUCUCGAUGAACACACACUAACGUAUGAACAAAUUGUUAAUCAACGUCUGCACUAUGUUUUCAUGUAGCUUUGUUUUGGUCUUUUUCAGUGCCAUAAAACUCAUUUGAAAUGUUGAAAGGCAUCAAGGUGAAAAAUGUUUGGAGUUAAUACUUCAAUUGUGUCUAGCCUUGUUUUUUUAAAAAAAAAAUUACUAAAAAAGUUUGAAAGCUCAUCAAUCAAGACUCAACUCAAGGCUCAAACUAGUGAUGGUCAAAGCUCUGAGACAGGAAAGAAAUUGAUUUGAAACUUACAGUAAUGGUUGCGACAUUGUGCAUAGCGUUUAACAAGUAUGAUGUGUGUAGUCUGUACAAUUAUACUUUUAAAAUUGCUUUGGUUUCCUCUAAGUGGGUAUAUCUUCUCCCUUUUCACUAAGGAUGAAAUGCUUGCAAGCGGAAGUGGCAAAGAAAUAGACAAGGGAUUUCAUAUAGGAAGGCAAAACGACCUAAACCAGAACUAUCAAGAAGAGACUGAGAGGCUAAGAUCAACAAGCUCUGGUGGUAAGCUAUAAGGGUGUCAUCUUUAGGUGAUUAAGCAAAAUGCAAUUUAUAAAUGGAUGGGCAGCUUCCCCAUGGUACAUGGGGAAAGACAUAAAAGUAAAUGCUGUAUUUGAACUGUUGUCAGCAACGGAAAGAAUGCAUCAGUCGACUGUCAUGAAAAAAGAAGGAAAAAAUUUAUCUUUAACUGGCAAAGCAAUAGAUUUGUAAUUUCAUUUAUUAACAUGAGGCCAGACCAUGGAUAUAACCAGAGAGGGGGUGACAAGAAACUAAAAUGAUUUAAAACAACCAGUUAAAACACCAAGUAACAUUGAGUACUUAUUCUUGGUAUGUCAAGCCUAAAAAUAAAAUGAAUUCAGAGGGAUUUUAUGAAAAUAAGACAACUAUGAAUAUUCUGUUUUUAAGAUAGAUUUUCUCUCGGUAUAACAGUUAACCUCAGAAUGAAAAUGGUUAUUUUCAUUUCUCUAAGAACAAUUGAGGAAGUUGAGACGAAAUAUGAAAUAUGUCCAAGGGCAACUAAGAGAAAGAGGUGGAAAACUGAGGGAGAUGACAAAGCAGUUGACAGAUGUCAAAUGGCAGUUACGAACAAGGGAUGCAGAAUUGAGAGGGAUAAGUAAAGAUGUGGAAAAUGGUGCAGAGCAGGUACAAAAGAGAGAUGAACAACUGACAGAGAUGAUACAGCAGCUAAAAAAUGUUGAAGGGCAGCUACAAGAGAGAGAUGGACAACUGACAGAGAGGACACAGCAAUUGACAAAUGUUGAAGGGCAGCUACAAGAGAGAGAUGAAAAACUGACAGAAGUAACACAGCAAUUAACAAAUGUUGAGGGGCAGCUACGAGAGAGAGAUGGACAACUGACAGAGAGGACACAGCAAUUGACAAAUGUUGAAGGGCAGCUACAAGAGAGAGAUGAACAACUGACAGAAGUAACACAGCAAUUAACAAAUGUUGAAGGGCAGCUACGAGAGAGAGAUGAACAAAUGAGAGAAAUGAAACAGCGGUUGACAAGUAUGGAAAGACAAUUAGAAGAGAGAGAUGGAGAACUGACAGAGAAGACUCAGACUUUCACAAAUGUUGAAGGGCAGCUACAAGAAAAAGAUGAACAACUGAGAGAGAUGAGAAAGCAAUUGAAAAAUUUUGAAGGGCAGCCACAAGAGAGAGAUGGACAACUGACAGAGGUGACAGAGCAGUUGAGUAAUGUCUAAGGGGAAUUACAAGCAGAGGCUGACAAAGCUAAAGAUUUACAGGACUUAGCUGACAGCUUAGAAAAACAACUGAAUGACCAUCCCUACUCAACUAGCCAGAGGAAGGAACUUUAGUCUAUUUGUAAGAUGAAAUCAAAUCAUCUUCUUUAACACGUGUCAAUUAAUCUAUCAUUCAAAAAUUAAAUCCUUUUAGAUGAUGAAAAAUUGCACAAAUUACAAGGAAGCCAUACCUCUCUUCAUAAAAAUAAGUAACCUCACAAAACAUAAUUUUCUGAGGUCUAAAAAUUAUCAUGUAACUUUAUCAUACACAAUGUAUAUAUAUGUGUCAAUAGGAAGUCUAUGUUUCGAUUUUUCCAUAUUACAGUGCUCAAUAUGUAGUAGCAGAGUGUGAUCUGAAUCGAGUUAGGAAAAAACAAAGAGACUACGCUUCAUCCUGUAGUCCAGUAAAACACUACUAGUAUCUGGAAGGCACAGGUUGGAAUCCAGACAAAGCCUGAAUUUUUUCAGGCUUUUUUUCUAUGAUUUCCCCAGUUGCAGCUCACUUGCACAGAUCAUCUCUUUGCUUGUAUUUCAGGUCAAGUUAAAGUGUGAUUUAUUUCAUAUCACUAAUAUCAUCAUAGAAAUACCAUUGCAGGGUUUUCAUUAAGAGAUACAGAAACUUGAGAAAAGUUUAUUAGUAAGUAACAGGAUAAUUUUUUCCAGGUCUUGAAAAUAACAACUUAGGUCAUCAAAAUUUAGCCAGAGAAUCCUGAGUAGUAGCCAGUCAAUUUUUCUGAUCUACUAUGCAUAAAGAACACCUUUCCAUUCUUCAGUGGAAGGCCUUAUUGUCUUACAUAUCUAUCCUACAUUUACAUGACAAGGAUCAAAGUAAGUGUAUUUCAGGCCAACAAGCAGUGAAGGUUCACAUAGGUUCUGCCACAUCCAGACACAACUCUUGCACAAUUGUUUUGUUCACUUGCUUGAGUCUAACAGGCUUUGCUACCCAUUACUUAGGGAUAGACCAAAGAGGAGGAUAAUUCUCAAGUUUCAAGAUUUUUUCUUCAAUAUUUUGAAGGUAGAAAUUCUACUUAAUAAUUAUGAAUUGUAUUAGUUUUCUCUUGUACUAUUUUGCAUGUGCCUUGACCAACCAGCCAAUUAGAUUUAAAACUAACUCUAAUUGCUGCUUGGUCUCUACUGUUUAGUGCAUUUCAAGCAGUUUGCCAGUUUUUACUUUUAGUUCUUACUGUCAAUAAUGAUGUCAAUCUUUCUCUUAUUGGCAUAUGUGAUAACUUUGGUUUCAGUUUUUUGACUCUCAAGGGCAAAACUUCUCCAAAUCAUCAUUUAUAAACAAGGGGAAGAUCAAUUUAGAUAAGCAAGAAAAUCCCACUUGCAGAUUAAUUCCCCAUGGUUUGAUAGAUAAAUAUUUUGUCUUAUCUCAUCCAUCAUAUAAUCUAAAGAAGGUGUUAAUAGUGACUGCUUUUUGUUAAAUAUAAACUCUUCAUCAGCCAACUGGGGGUAGAACAUCCAACUGACAACAACUAUUCUCUUGACUCUGAAAUUGACUUCCACUCAGGUUGUCGAAAUGUCAGUCACCACUACCAACAACAGUCCUUCUCAGGACUACACUCACCCAGACAAUCAGACUACACAAUCACAGCUCUCUCUUUGUUGACGAGGUAAAUUGCUUUCAAAAACCUCCCUACAUUAUGCACCAUAACUUUUUAACAAUGGUGCGUUUGGAUCAAUGCAACAAGCCACAGCAACAUUCCCUGG